AUGAACUACUGCAAGUGUGCAUGGUUGGGUGCGUCCCGCCAACCGCCAUCCACAGCCAUGCAGCAGCAACUCCCGGCAUCAGCUGUGUUACGAGGAUCUCUGGAUCCGCUUGCCUGCCUGGUCAGGGCAGGAAAAGAAAAGCAAGUACAGCUAGGCAUCCGGAGCACAGAGGGACUUGCAUCGCAUCGCAUCUGUGAGGGACAGGUACGGCAGCAUAUCAAUCGCUGGGCCCUCAGUGGAGCCCGUCGCGCACAAAUGGCUUGGCUCACCGGCGACUCUUUGCUCCUGAAUGGCCCUCGUUGGAUCUCUGCAAGAGAACUACCGUUCGGGAUAACCAUGGAAAACACAGACCAUUACGUCUUCUCUUAUCGUUACGGCCGCCGAGGGUUGAAAGUUUUGGGGCUGAGAGGAGAGAGACCAUGUGGAGCGGCUCCGAAGAAAAUGCGGGAUUUCGAGGCCACUAUUAUGAUUAUUAUUAUUAUUAUUAUACAUUCAGUGGACACACAGUAG